AUUUACUAAUCAAUAUUGAUUGGAAGGGUGAAAUUAAAAAUUGUCAGUCAACAUAAAUAGGGAGUAUCAAUAGUCAAUAGCUAUCAGUUUCAAACAGUUGAACUAACAAGAACAUACACAGCACAGUUCAAAAAAAUAAAUUAAAAAUGGCAGUUAAGAUGAUCAUUUUUGCCGCCUGCGUGGCCACCACACUUGCCCAAUACGCCGCCCCGGCAUAUCCAGCGCAAAACGCUUACGCUCAAGCUGAACACGCGUACGCCCCAACUCCGUACAACUUCGAGUACAGCGUAAACGACCCACACACAUACGACGUGCACAGCCAAUCCGAGUACAGCGACGGCAACGGUUACGUCAAGGGAACUUACAGCCUUUUGGAAGCCGACGGUUCCACCCGCGUCGUCGAAUAUACCGCCGAUGACCACAGCGGUUUCAACGCUGAAGUUAAGAAAAUUGAAGGACAUAACCAAGGUUACAGUGCACCUGCCCCAGCCUACAAGCCAGCUUACUCGGCACCCGCAUACUCAGCACCCACACACUCUGCACCUGCUUACUCAGCUCCGGCCUACAAACCAGCAUACUAAUUUUACUUAGUAAUAUUACCUAUCUCCAUCAUUUUUCAUAUUUUCUUUGUGCAUUUCUCAAUUAUAAAGUUCACACUGAAUCAUAAUUGUUUAUUUUAAAUAUUAUCACGUUUAUAUUUAAAAUAUUUAGCAUGACUACUGUAUUAAUUUUGUAAAUAUAUACAUACAUUUAUUUUACCUAUA